GCUUCAUUUUGAAGAAAUAACUGAGUGAAUAAGUGAUAGGAAUUUGACAAUUUUAUGUUUUUGUUGUUCUGUAUUAGUUUGAAAACUUUCAUGAUAAUGGUAGGGAUGGAGGAGCUUUUACAUAAACAGCAUACUGAGAUGUCACGUAGGGCUAUGUCUGUUAUUAAAUUUGUGGAAGAAAGGUCACCGGCUGAUUCACUUGAGGUUGGUGACUAUUUGAAAGCAAUUGAAGACAUGAGCUUGAUGCAGCUUGGAUUCAAAGAUGUGCAGAUGUUCCUCUUCAAACCGAGGCUGAAUGUCUUUCACAACUUGGUUAGAUUACAUUACUGCAUCAACUGGCUUCAAGUGCCGGUAAGUUUGCUUCUCCAAGUGCCAUGCUGCUCCCUUACAUUUUGGAAGUUUGGUAUCUAUUUUGGUUUUUUAAUGUCAACAAUGCAAGAAAGGUAUUAUAGCAAGAUCUUAGGUAAAACUGUGUUAUAGCCAUUUUGGUUUUAUCAUGAGGGAAGGAGCAGAUAUAAAUUUAUGGGCCAUCAAAAGCAAGCAAACAUGAAUGCUUACUUUUUAGAGUCAUGAAGUGAAACCACUAUGGAUAAGAGACGGAGAAAAAGGCAGGGAUUGGGUACAGUUAAACUGAACCAUAUCUAGCCACCAUCAAGAUCAAUUGUUUCGUUUGUUGUAGCAAUUCUGUUUGAAGAGUAUAGUAGCUAUAACUCUGAGGCCUGUGAAGAAUUUAGUUGUCUUAUAGUCCAGUUAUUUCCUUCAUCUUUCUUAACUCUUGCAAAGACUGUCGUAGGGGACUUUCUUCCCCUGUUUUUUUUAUGGUAAUCUAAUAUACCAAGCCAAGCAGGACCUUGAACAAUUCUACAACUUUGCCAUUCACCUACCUGUGCUAAGUAAUGCUUGACAAAAUGGGCAGGCUACUUAUGUCCUGGAAGCGCUACAAAGUUGUGAGAUUUCUGAGCGUCAAGUGUGUGUUAGAUGGUGGAAGCUCGGCAGAUGGUUUUAUGGCUUUCGCAUGAGAGAUGAAUCCCAUUCUCGGUGGGUUUGUCUGGCAGAUCUGGCAACAGCCAAAGAAGAGGAAGUUCUUGCCGUUCUUUAUCGUGGUGCCAUUCACGAGGUUUUACGAGUUCAGAUCUCUAUGGCUAAUUCCACAUCCUCUCCCUGGUCUAGCCAAAGCACACAAAGACUGGAUUAGGGAAUAAGACUUGUAAGCGUGAUGAUGAACAUUGUGUGCAUGUAGUUUUAUAUCAUCAAUUCAUUAAAUAAUUCACAGUAAGCGUGUAAAUCUAUGUGUGUGCAUAAUUUAAACAUAUUGACAUGAAUAAGUAGAAAUGCCAAAAUAUUGUAUAUUUGUAGUCCUGUGCUCUCUGUAACCACAAAUUUCAUGUUAAUUCAAGUUCCUUUAUAUUUGAUUCUAAACAUCCGUGUUGUAGAGGAAUUAAGGUGAAAUUUUAGG